AUGGACGGUUUCGAUGAAUCUAAAAUGAAACAGCUGCAGCUGUUGAAAGAAAAGAUGAAAAUUGCCAAGGCGCAAAAAGUAGAAGAAGUUAAAAAAAAUGAAGACCUAUUUUCCCUUUCUCAUAAUGUAAAAAAUGUAAGAUCAUUCGAAACGGAAGAUGUCAGAUUUAACAAAAUAGGAAAAAAAAAUUUCGAUGCUUUUACACCGAAUAAAAAAGUCACACAUGUAAAAGGACCCAUUAGAUACCCAUUUCAACAAAUGAAAAGUGGAAAUGCAAAUUUCCCUUUUAAACCAAAAAAUGUAAUUAACAAAUUAGAAAAUGAUUCGAAUAUGUUUGACACACCCUUAACGUUUGAAGAAGUUAUGAGAAGAAAAAAUGAAAAGAAGAAACGUGAACUUGAAAAAAAUGGCCAGACUAUGAUGGAGGAUGAUUUCAUGAAUAAUGUUAGAUCUUUCAAUUUAUGCGACGAGAGGGAAGAAAAUAAUUAUUAUGGACUUUUCCAAGAGACUAAUCAGACCAAUCAGAUCAAUCGUGCUAAUAAUCAUGGUAAUGGCAACAUUGGAAAUGGUGAAUUGUCGAAUAUGCAUGGAGGAGGGGAUGUGCAUCAUAACCAUAAUUCUCUAAGCAAUGUGAGAGAAACCAAUGUAACCAAUAGUUAUAGUGAUACUAACACGCUUCUACAAAGCAAAGUUGGUAGUACUGCAGCUAUGAAGAAUAAUGCUUUAAAUGGAUAUCCAAAUGAGAAUAACCAUUCUAUAAACGGGAAUCUCGUGAAAAAUAAUACACAUUCAUUUAAUAUGGAUGUAGUAAGGAAUAGUCAAUCUUUGAAUAUGAAUUCAUUCAAAAAUUACUUUUCACAAAGUGUUAACAAAAGUAAAGAUACCUCUCUGAACGAUGCAAAUAUGAGUAAAAAUUUGCCACAAUUCAAUAAUAAUUUAAGCGAUAGUUCCCCUAGCACAUUUGUCAGCAGUGAUUUUAUUGUUACUUCCAAAAGUGUGAAUUGGGAAAAUUGGGGCGCCGACCAGAAAGGUGGCCCUAACAGAAAUAACCACGCCGAUGUUAAGAAUAAUGUAGGAACCACCUUAAGUAAUAAUUACAAUCAAAACAGCAGUCUGAAAAGCAGUCUAAACAGCAGUCUAAACAACAGUCUGAACAACAGUCUGAGCAACAGUCUGAAAAACAGUCUGAGCAACAGUCUGAAAAACAGUCUAAAUAGUAAUAUUAUUGGUUUUAGCAAGGGUGUUGAAAUAUUUAAUUCUCAUUCGAGUGACAUCAGCAGAGGUAGUAACAAUUACCUUAAUAACGCGAUCAAAUGGAAUCACCCCAAUUUUAACCAAACCGACAAUAUUCAGAAUUCAAGUCAUGAUUUAAAUAUCAGUAUGAACAAGUCAUGUAAUAACUUCAUUACUCCUGCUACUGACUAUAGUAAGGAGGGCAUUAUUCGGGGUUCCAGUGCGCAUGGGCAUCUCGGAUCUGAUAAUAUAUUCAGCACAAAUAGUGCAUCUAAUGCAAAGGGUGAAAUUAUUGCCAAUCGAUCAAAUACUGCAACAAACAGUGCGAAUAUUUUACAAGGGGAAAAUAAUAUCAACGAUCAAGCCUGUCCAAACAAAACUAAAGAAGUGAACACCAUAUUAUCUACACGCAAUGAUACUAACAUUAAUGUAGAUAAUGAGAUUAAUGUAUUUUCAAAUUUAUCGAACGCUAGUAAUUUGAAUGGUAGCCGAAAUGGCCCCGAUUCUGUGGAAAAAAGUAGGCUCUUCAAUAAUACUAACGACAAUAAGAGUAGUACCAACAUUUUUGGAAAAGUCAGAAGUAAUGCAAAUCUGUUUAAUAAUAGUGGAAGCAUAUUUGGUAAGUCCAGCACCACCUCCACCAAUGUAUUUGGAAACACAACAGGGAACAGUAGCACCUUAUUUGCUAACAGAGCAAAUGGUGGUAAUCUCUUUGGAAAUACUACUAGCGGGAGUAAUCUCUUUGGAAAUACUACUAGCGGGAGUAAUCUCUUUGGAAAUAAUACUAGCGAGAGUAAUCUCUUUGGAAAUACUACUAGCGGGAGUAAUCUCUUUGGAAAUAAUACUAGCGAGAGUAAUCUCUUUGGAAAUAAUACUAGCGAGAGUAAUCUCUUUGGAAAUAAUACUAGCGAUAGUAAUCUCUUUGGAAAUAAUACUAGCGAGAGUAACCUUUUCAACAAAAACAAAGACAUCAGUAGCUCCAAACAAAUUAACAAUAUCAACAAUUUUUUUGGAAAUAUCACAGAAGGUAGCAACAUUUUUAGUGGAUCCAGUAAGUUGUUGAAUAACACAAAGAAUUUGGUUAAUAAUAAUAGUCAACCAUUAGAGGAUGUGCUGCAGAGGGGGAAAAAUGAUCCUAAUGGAAAUUCAAAUGGUGGUACUUUGUUCAUUUCAAAGCAAAAAAGUGAUCAAGUUAGUAGAAGUAAUUUCCUCCUUAGUGAGAAUCUUGUGAAUACAAACAACAAGUUAAUAAAUGAUAGUUGCAAUUACAGAGGUAAUGAUCACGCUACUGGGGUUGUAAAUGUAUGUACAAAUUUAAAAAAUAAAAAGGAAAAUAAUAUUUUUGGAUUUCCAAAUAAAGGGGAAAAUCUCAUCAGUAUAGUCAAUAAAAAUGAUGUGAGUAAAAAUUUUCAGAAAUUCGAAAAUAUUAAUGAUAUAAAUGCAGGAGUUAUGAAAUUUAAAAGUACUUUGUCUAAUAUUAAUAGCAUAGUACCUGAUUCUCAAAACAAACCAAUACAACUUAGCAGAAAAUCUGAUAAAACACAAAUAGAUCAUACAGAGGAGGGGGAAGUAGUAGUAGAUACAUGUUCCAUUUCGAGAAAAAAAGUAAAUGAAGAGGAUGGAAACAUAACGACUGCAAUUGAUGUUGUAAAAAGUGAGGCGGAAAAUGGUCACGUCGUACUGACGACAGAUCUUAUGAAUCAAGAAAAAGAAAAAACGAAUGUCCAAGUGAAACAAAAUAUAUGUAAUAAUGAAAAUGGAGGUAUCACAAGAAUUAAUAAUGACUCAGAAGAGGAGAAAACCAUUCGCAAGACAAUAUCUAGCUAUUUUAAUAAUUUUAUCCCAUCUAUAUUUUCGAACCCUAAUAAAGAAACUGCAAAAGAGGAGUACUUAAAAACGAAUGUUUCAAACGAUAAUGUUAACAAAUCAACAAACAUAGAUGUGAACACAGAUGCAGAUAUUGUUAAACCAUCGGACAGGGACGCAUAUGAAAAAAACAGGAUUAGUGUAAAUACCAUAUGCAAUGACAAGGAGGGAGAUACAAGGCCCUGCUGUAGCACCCAAUCCAUUGGUAAUGCACAGAAUGGUAACACUAUUUUAUUAUUUUUUAACAUGUCGAUUGUGAAUCCCCAAGGGUUAAGUGAAAAGGAGAGAGGAUUGAAUAAUUGUCCCGAGAGAAGUAAAAAUGAUAAUAAGGACAAUGAUAAUAAUCAUAACAAUCGUAGCAUCAAUGAUAGUAACAACACUGGGCAUGGAGAAAGUGGAAACGACGUGUCGUGUGGAAUGUUUCAGAAGAACCCAAACUGCAACAAGAUGAUAGAUAUUAUGAACGAAGAGAACUUCGAAAAUAAGGAAGAUUUUGAAAAAAUGAAUCAAAUAUACAAAAACAUAAAUUGCAUAAAUAAAAAUAUAAAUUACAUAAACAAGUAUAUCCCAUCAACCAUUGAAAAUGUUAAUAAUUUUUUGGAUGAAAAUAUUAACUGUAUUCAAAAUUAUGACACCUUAUCGAGCACAAAUCAGAAAUUUUUAAAAAAUUUGAAAGCAUCGAAUAGUUCCGUAGAAUCGAAUAAGGAUGUAAAGAGUAUGAUAGAUGUUCUAAACAAACGAAUGAAUAAAGAUGGAAUUUUUGAAAAUCAUGAAAAUGAAAUAUUAAGAGGAAAUGAAAAGAGAAAAUUUUAUCUCACUUUGUCUAACAUGGGUAAUAAUGUAGAGAAGAAAAAUAAUAUCAUAGGAGGAGUAGGAGUAGGGGCUUCUUCCUAUGUUGAUGUUAAUACAAAGUACACUAACUUUUUUGAUGGGGGAGGAAAACAUAUAAAAAGUGGAAAUGUUGUUAACACGAACAUGUUAACGCCUAUGGAAAAAUUAAAAUUAAUAAAUGAAACGUCGAAAGAAAUUUCCAUGGAUGAAGAAUUAGAAAUGAUUGAAGUAAUACCUGAACAUGUUCAUAAAAUUAUGGAAAGAAGAGAAUAUUUUAAAACAAAAAAUAAGCAAAAUAAAAAUGAUAGUAAGAAAAGCAUCGUUCCAAAAAAAAUUAAACCCUUCGUUCCUUCGGAGUGUAGUGAAUCUUUUAGAAAUACAUUUUACACAAAUGAUAAUAAUAAGAAUAACAUUUUCUCUCUAAAGAAUUUAAGCAACAUGGAAAUUCUGAACACGAACCACAGGAAUAAUACCGCUCCGUGUACUAACAAUAUUAUCGACUCUGUUCCUAAGAGGGUAAAUAAUAACAGCAUUCUUCCUCCAAGAGAACAGUUACAGAUGAUGAAAAUGGGUGACAGUUCUAACACCCACGCAGAAGCAGAAGCAGCAGCAGAAGCAGCGGUGCCCACUUAUUCCGUGCAAAACAACCUUGUCACCUUUUUUGAAAAUCCUCCUAUUGGUAAGGAGAACGGAAGCAAAAUGCAUAUACAAAAUGAUAAUCCAGAUUUGUUCGCGCACAAAAACAUUAAAGGUUCUUUAAUUAACACUAUGAUAGAUUAUAAUUUUUCUCAUGGAAACAACAAAAAUGAUUGGAGCAUGUCCCACUCGAUUAAAAAUUUAAACAAUACUAUGAAUUCAGAUAACUUAAACAGUAUGUUUAACGUGGGUGUGGAAAAUGUUAUCAAGGCUAGAAAUGAUGAAUACUUGUCCAAGAUGGAAGAAGAAUUAAACAAACAUACAGAUUUUAUUUCUAAUAUUUACACAAGUUUAAGUAAAAACAAUUUUAUUUGUGAUAAUCAGGAUGCGAAAAAGUCGCAGGAGGAUGAUAAUUACCACAGGAAUGAUGACACGAAUAAUAUGAACAAGUGUAACACCAAGCCUGAUAAUGAGACUCAUGAAAAUAAGAGAAACUUGAGUUAUAUGAAUAACCAGAAUAACAAUACAUAUGGAAAUGAUGAGUUAGAUUCUUUCGAUAAUUAUCAAAACGCAAAUGAUAACAACGAUUCUAUCGAUACUCAAAAGAAAAAAAGAAAAUUUAAUUCCAAUGGAGAAAAUACAGAAGAUGAUAUUACCACUUCCUUAGAAAAUACAAAUUCCAAUUUUCCAUUCAAGGAAGAUAGAUGUAUUGAUAUCUCUAAUUAUGUAAAAGAAAUUAGAAAUUCAAGAACAUUAGCCGAUAUUUCUGCUAACUUGACGAAGUACACCCAAGAAAGCGAACAAAUUCUUUGUGACAUAAUUAAUGAUAAUUUUAAAAUGUCUGUAAAAAUUUCAUCCCUUAGCGAUUUACCAUUUUUGUUUGAAGAAUUUCCUUGA